AUGGAAACUGAUGUGGCGAUGCCCGAUGAUCCUCCAGAGAAAGAUGAGGGCAGCAAAGACACAGAAGAAGAUGUAGAACCUUUAAAAGACUGCAAAGACCUUCCCACAAAAGAGCUCUCAGAACAGCUUCCAGACGGGCAGUGUAUUAACCAGGAUGGACAAGAUGAAGCAUCCUCUGAAGAGGCAGGUACUGAUGACUCGCAAACAGCCAGGAAAGCCUCCAAGAAAUCACCUUGUAAGAUGCAGCAGGGGGCUGUUUUCUCUGGGAAAAUACUCAGCUUCUGCUGUUCUGAAUGCAAGGGUGACACAACCUACAGCCCCAAUGACUUACUUAAGCAUUUUCAGGGAUCUCACAAGGGCACCCUCCCCACUUAUCCAUGUGACUUAUGCAGUUUUGUCACCAAUGAGUUCUCCUCCCUUCAGCGCCAUCGCAUUGGCCACCGGAACCCUCAGGUCACAUGUGAGAUCUGUAAUGACGGUGUGCAGCCAGAUUCUAUGGAAUUUAACAUGAUGGGAUCAACAAAGGACCUUGCCAAGCCAAUGAAGAGUAUUGAUGUGGAUAAUGAUGCUGAUGAUGAGUUGCCUAUGGAAGUGGAGAAUUGGCGAUUCAGAGACCCCCUCUCUCUUGCUACACACUCCAAGAGCCAGUCCCCUGAAAACAGCCAAACAGCUGCAGUUCAAAGUUUCAGUGAGGAACAGAACUCCCAAGAACAUCUUUCUAGCUGUACCAGAGAUGAUGACAAAUCCACAUGUGAAUCGCCCAGUGGUAGCAAAUCCUCAAAAUUAUCUUUAAAGAAUGAAUCUGGUCCUCAUACAGUUCCAGAAACGGACACAGUUGUAUUAGAUGCUGACAGUAAGAUGUUGAAUUCUACAAUGAAUUCGCCUAAUCAGGAAGUCUACAGUUUCCACAACUACUCCAAGGAGACGUCUGGCAGUCUGGCUAAGUCCCUUUUGUCAGAUGAGCAGAAUGGUGGACAGCCUCAUGAAGGUGAGGAAGUUGAUGAAGAGGACUGCAGUGAUCCCAGGCUUUCUGCUGAGUGGAGCUUGAGGCUAGAUGCUUCCCCUCCUCAAACAAGCCGUUGUGAAGAGGAGGAAGUUGAUGGGAGUAAAUCUCAGAGUGCAAAUGAGGGUACAGCUACACUUGAGAGAGUGUCUGACAGUGACAUAGAGGUGGAUGAAUGCAUUGCUUUGGUUGAUGAACCAUCUCACACUUUGGAAAAACAACCCAACAUGCAAAGUACCCCAUCUGUGUCAAGUAAAGUUGAGGAAGAUGCCAUAUCUGUUGGUCAAAAGGGACCUGGUAUCAAAAAUGAUGUAGCAGUCUUGGGAAGAAUACUUGAAAAGCACUCAGAUGCUAUAAUAAACCACCAGCUUGAAAAAGAGAGAAUGGGAUCCUCUUCUGUAGCCUAUGAUUCUGUGAGGCCCACAAAAACCACACUAAAAAUCCUUCAGACACCAGAGGGUAAACAGCAAAUGUUUCUUCAUACUCCAGACAACCAGUAUGCUGUGCCAGUGCAGCUCAAAAGUGCACCUGGUUUCAAACUCAUAACUAAGUCAUCUGCAUCCAAAAUUAAUGUAUCUUAUGUCCAACCUGGAAUUGAGAGAUCAACUAAAACCACUGGGCUUGCAUUAACUCUAAGUGGUGGCAGAAUUGGUGCUGGAGGUCAGCCCUCCAGUGGUGGGGACAAAGGACCUACACAUUUGUCAUCUCUUCAGCUGGGAACCAACAGCAGUGGAGGACAUUACCUUGUUAACUCUGCAUCUUUAAAAAGUCCUAUCUUCCUGUCAGGCACUGUUAAGUCUCCUUCUGGGGAACAGACAACAAAUAGGCCACCAACAUGCUAUUUACUCCAAAGGCCACUUCCCAUUAGCCCAGUCGCUGGGUGUUCUAAUCUUGACCCAUCAGGUUCAAGUUCUCAAACCCAGCAAUCUUCCCGUCAAGUCCUGGCUAUGCCUGUGAACCCAGCAGACAAGACCAGUCCCAUUCAAACAGGGCGACAAGCAUACCUAGUCAGGUACAUCUCUCCUGCCAAAUCAGGAAUACUGCUUAAUAAUGCAGAAGGGAAAACUGCCGGUUCAAACACGCAGUCUAAUGAAAGUGGCAGGAGCAGGAUGUUUCUUAAAAUUGUCAGGAGCCCCAAUGGCACCAGGUUUCUCUCUGGUGUAUCUGGCUCUUUGGGCAAAAAGCCCAUUUAUCUGGCAACGGGAGGAGGUCUUCAGUCCCCAUAUUUUCUGAUGUCAUCGAACAAGUCAAUAGUUAAUAUGUCAGCUGGACUGAAAGCCUCAAACCUACAACAUGGCUCCAACCACCAACAAUCCAUGGCAUCACAGUUGUCUAAGACUUUGCCUCAAGUUCAAGAGGAUGGUAUGAUCACGCAUAAAAAGUCCCGCCACCUUCUUAAUCAAACCCGAAUGAGCCAAAGGAAGAGGCAAAGGAAGGCCUUGUUUGAUGACAUGUUUGAGACCUCAUCCAAAGCAAGGAGGCUCUCCAACAGAUCAGAGAGGGAGGAGCCGACAGAGUGGGCCCCAGUGCCUAAGGAUGUUGAAAGGACACUCAAACUCUCACCGUUCAGUGCAUUUCAGCAGAUUAAGGUUCCCCGUCAGAACCAGCCUGUGGUGGUGCUCAACCACCCGGAUGCAGACAUCCCUGAGGUGGUGAGCAUCAUGAAGUCUGUGAACAGGUUUAAAGGCGAUAUCCUCAAGGUGGCGCUCUCCCAAAGAACUGUCCAAGCCCUCUCUGAGCUGAGCCUCUCUGGCGUCCUGAGGCCGAGUCCUAACACAUCCAAGUCUGCCAUGCUGCAUGGCACAGCGAGGGCUAGGAUGUUUGGGAGCACGGUCAGGGAGAGGUUCAUCCUGAAACUGAAGUUAAAAAAGAUGAGCAGAAACAAAUAUGAGGUGGUGCGGAAGUCCUCACCCAGCGGCUCUGCAGAGCAGCCGUCCAGUUUUUCCUGUUGGUUCUGUGGUAGAAUGUUUAACAACCAAGAGGACUGGAUAGGUCAUGGUCAACGUCAUCUGAUGGAGGCAACCAGAGAUUGGAAUAAACUUUUUUAAAACCAUUAUAGAGCCCAUUGAUUGGGACAAAUGCCGUCCUUUUAAAAAAAAAAAAAAAAAAAACUGAACAGAGACAAGGAAAUAACUUGUUUUUUUUUUUUUUGAACGACUGAUAAUCUAUUGUUUUUAAUCUAUAGUUCUCCAUCCAGAAGCUUUUAUUUGAUAUAUAAUGGCAUAGAAAAAAGAGUGUUGUACCUAAAAUGCAUUUAUUUGUAUAUAAUCCCUUGUAUAUUUAAAUUUUAAACAUUUGUGUUUGUACAGAUGUGAACUGUGAAAACUGGACACACUGUUUGUUAAAAGUGCGCAAACUUAGAGAUCACUGGCAGAAAAAGAGGGUGCUGUCUGUCACUUUAAUGCAGACUAUUCACAAAUUACUCAGGUGAUUUCAUAAUCUCUGAAUGAUCCAGUUUGUGUAUUUUUCCUUUAACUGCAUUGAGAAGACAUAAUUGCAGUUUGUAGUUAUGGUUUAAAUAGAUAUUUGCCCACACAAUGAGACAUAAAGAGACUUUUAAAUUGUGGUGUAUAAUUUGAUGUAUGUCCCAUCUUUUAGCCUAUAUUUUAAACAAACCUUGAGAGUAUAAUUGUAUGGUUUAUUUGUCUUGCAUUAUGGGGAGGAAAUUACUAAGAAAUGAAAUGCUUUCCUGUGGAAACAGUUAGUUGUAAACAGUUAUGCCCGGAAAAAAAAAAUUACACUGUAUUUGGAUGUAUUUCCUGAAGGUCUUUUUAAAAUAUUUUUUGGUGCCAUGCAUCUACUCUGAGCAGAACCUUCACAUGGGCCCAGUGUCAUAUAAAAGUAGCAAUACACAAUUUUUUGCAUUGUUUUCAACUUGUUUGUUUGCUUUUAAAGUCACAUCUACUUUCACUUCUUUUGGAAAUUUAUUGAAAGCUAUUGCUCUUUUCCCUGUUUUCUUGUUGUUGCAAGAGGAGCUAGCAGUGGCGUGAGUUCAAGAGAAUGUUCUCAGAUGCACAUUGUCCAACAAACCUCAUAGGGCCCACCAAACACUAACCAUUAGAUUUUUUUCAUGUCUCAGUGCCUGAGUGUACCUCGAAACCAUUCAAGCUGGGUUGGAUGUUAAUGUGCGAAGCUGUAUGUUAUAACCUCAGCUAAAUAGAUGUUGGAUAUGAGUGGUCUUUUUUCAUACGGUAAAAGAUAGGCAGGCUUUGUUUAAACCCAAAGAAAAACUGACUUCCCUAUACAUCCAUAAUGUGUUCCUGAUCAUUUUAUGCCAUGUGGUGCUUCAUUAAUUUCUGUGAGAUUUUCAACUGUAUUUCUGUAUGUGUGGGCUUUCUCAGGAUAUACCAGCUCUUUUCAUAUAUAUAUAUAAAUGCCAACAUGUAAGGUGCUUUCUUUGUUGAAAAAAAUCCUAAUGUCUGUUUUUUCUAAAAAACAGGCCUCCAUAUUUUUACUUUCAUACAACACAUCCAGAGCAGGUUAAUUGACACAAGUAACUUGUCAUUAAGAAAGGAAAAUAAUUCUCUAAGUUAUUAAAUAAGAUCUAUGACUCCUGUGGAUUACUUUAUCAAAUUUGUUUUAUUUGAAUGUCCUGUUUUGAACAUUUCAGAAAUAUUUGAUUGCUUGUGAAAGUUCAGAAGUCCUUUGGUCAUAAUUAUCCAGUUACAUUUGACAUUAACAAACAGAAAUCAUUCUCUGUACCUUUAGGUAUAGCUUGCAUUUGGUUGCUCAGAAUUGUAUGGAUUUUGGAAGCUUGAGGUGUUUGUGCUGUAGACCUAACAUGAAUGUGACAUUUUAGAACGUUCACCACUGAUUUGAUUCCACAGAUCGCUCAAGUAGAUGUGGUGGUUUUUACAUAACACAAAGUGGUCAUACAGUAAAAUUGUUGUGUUGGCUGAGAGAAGAACAACCACCAUGUACAAUUUGAUCAUGAGUCACUGUCAAUAUAAGUGUUUUUUUUUUUUAAUUUAUACUUAAUGCUUAAUAUAAUUCCUGGGAUAUGAUAUGGUUCACACAAUUCAUAAUGCAAUUUUCUUUCACUUCCGUUACAUGUGUCUUUCUCUCUUUCCUAAGUCUUCUGACAAUCACUGUAACUGACCGUUGAUGUACUGUACUGUUAGCUUGCAUACCUUGCAAAUAUCAGAAGUCCCAGGUUAAACCUAUUAACCUUUGUCUGAUUCCUUUGGAUUCAGAUCUGCACUUGGCACCCAGAUAAACCAAAUUUACAACUGUAAUAUUUCAUGUAAGGUUGUUGACAUUCAUUGUGGUCUGAGAAACAAGUUUAUUUUUGUAAACAAAGUGCCUAAAAUGUGAUGCACCAGGUUGACACUAUUGUACUGUAGUACCUCCUCUUGCAGUUCUAUCCUGAUUAAAUGUAAAUACUUUGAA